GUGCCAACUUUAACGUGUGAUAUCGGUUUCUUAGUAGUGAAACACAGUGUCGGCACGUGUGUUGCUUUUGUCAGAAUAAUACGGUUUUAUCUGUGAACAACGGGAAGCAGCCUGGUUCAUUGCUCCACUGUCUCGCCGUACAUUUCACACAGCUCCGGUAUUAAGUGUUUAGAAAGUAUUGAGAAACUGAAUGAAAAGCCGCUGUUCCAGGUGAGUCGGCUGAUUGAAGACGGGCUCCUGUGGAUUCUGGCCAUGGAUGAAGAGUUGACGCCUUUGGACUGCCUGCUGCCCUCAGGCACACAGAGGAUCUGUCUAAUCAUUCUGAACCAGCCUGUGGAUAAGGACUACCUACACAUCCUCUGGAGUAAAACUGUCUUGAGUGCAUGUGCGGAUGGAGCUGCCAAUCACCUUUAUAAAAUCACUGCUGGAGAUCGAAGCAGCUUUCUGCCUGACUAUAUCAGUGGGGAUUUUGAUUCCAUUACUGCUGAGGUCAAAGCUUUCUAUGCAGACAAGGGGUGCAAGCUGAUAGAAACAGCUGACCAGGAUCUAACAGACUUCACCAAGUGUCUUGCAAUCAUGGUGGAGGAAAUUCAGAGACGAAAGUUACAGGUGGAUGCCAUAGUGACACUGGGCGGUCUGGCUGGCAGAUUUGACCAGACCAUGGCAUCUGUUGAGACCCUCCACCACGCUCUGUGCAUGACACGACUCCCACUGUUGAUCAUACAGGAGACAAGCCUGGUAUACUUGCUCAGACCCGGCAGCCACAGACUGGGGGUGAACACAGGCCUGGAGGGGGACUGGUGCAGCCUCAUUCCAGUAGGUGGACCCUGCCAAACAAUUACCACUGGACUCAAAUGGAACCUGAAUAACCAGGUCCUGCAAUUUGGAAAGCUAGUAAGCACCUCCAACACCUAUGAACCCGUUGCCCCUGGAAACCCCAGGAAGCCUGUAACUGUGACAACAGACCAGCCUCUGCUCUGGAGCAUGGGCAUCCGCAAGGAUAGUGAAUGACACAGAAGAAAUCCUUUUACUCAGUCGGUAUUUGACUAAUCAAAACAUGUAACUAUUUUUCUACAGCUGAGCAAUGGCAGACUCACUAGUUUUGUUUUGUAUAGUAUGUAGUUUAAAAAAAAAAGCUGAAAGCAAUAUUUCAUGUGGCCAAAAAUCUCACUUUUUUCUACGAAUGAUAUAAUGAUCAAGACUUGGUCAGCUCUGUUGGAACAUAGGAAAAUUUAAAACUGACAGAAAUAGAUUACGAUUUUUAGUUUUUAUACCUGUAUUCUUUUUAUCACAGGUUUUAUGAAACACUUGGGUGUGCUUCUUCACUCUACAUGGUUAAAUUCAAAAUUAAUCUCUGCUUGUGAAUAUGCACCUUAUACAACCAGAAUCCAAGCCUUAUUCCAUACCAACAUCUGGUUCCCUUCAUAAAACACAUUUUAAAUAUUACAGAGAAUUACAGACCCAUAACUACAGUACAUCUUCCUUUAAAUUGUGCAGAUAUCUGCUUUGUAUCAGCCUACAGUAUGUGCCUUCGACAUCAGUGCUCCUGUUCCACUGUCCUCUUGUGGCUCAAAUAGUAACAAUUUCUGUUAAGUACUAUGGAAAUUACUGUACACCCAGCUUCAAAGUAUUUGUGCCUUUUGAUUAGAGUUUAAUACUCUACUUUUGAAAGUCAGAAAAACUGUUUACAUUCUGAAGUGACAGCAUGGCUAUUUGAAUAAACAGGACAAAUCAGUCUAUGGGUUUCCAUUUGUUUUAUUUACACAGCGAAAUAUAAAUGUGCACAGAAUGUAAAAAUGCCAUCCCUUCUGUCCCCCAAUCACACCAGCCGAAUAACACUUUGCACCACCAUCUCCUGUCCCCGGGUAUUCAAGUUUGCGUUUUUGCUUGACCAGGAUUUAACCGCCACUAGAGGAAAAACAAGAAAGGCAGUGUUAGUGAUUGGAGAAAUUUGGUACAUAAACAGAAAUAUUUUUCUGUAAAUCAGUUUUAAUGACCAAGCAAUCCAAUUAAUCACUGCUUAAGAAAGCCACUGCCCAAAAUACAAUGAUUGUGUAUAUCAGUACCACUUGCAAAGAGUUUCUUCCAAAAACAGAUGGGAUGCUGUAUAUUCUGACUACUAUGGCAACCUAAAUGGAUGGUAUUUGAAUGUUAUAUCCUACUGUGCACAAAAAUAAUAAAUAAUAAAUAAUAAUGUUACCAGUGUGA